CAACACUGGUGCGUAUUGUCGAACCUGGUCAACAAGGAAACAAGUGAAACGGAAUUUGGGGCGUGGUGUUAAAAUAUAUGUUUUUAAUACUACAAAUACGUUAUGGAUUUCCGUUGUAUUUGUAUUUUUGUUUUAAUAGCGAUUUUUGCUUUACUUCAUGAAGGCAGUGGACUUGAAUGCUACGUUUGCACAAAUCAGGAACGUAAUGGAGAUAAGUGUCUAAACACGAUAAAGACUUGUGAGCAGGGUGAAGAUGUUUGUCUUUCAGAGAUAAAAUGGGGAAGCACUCCAUACUGGUCGCAGGGGGCGCAGAAACAGUACUACAUUUCAAAACGCUGUGCAACAAAGGAAGCUUGCGUCAAGACAAGAAAUAGAUACAUGAAAUAUUGCACUCACAUUUGGUACGAAGACUGGAAGUGUUCAGAAUGUUGCCAGGGUGAUCGCUGUAACUACUACGUUAUUCUAAGUGGCAGUACAGCACGAUCCAGUGUGAUCAUGAUUGCCGUUGGAGUGCUUGCUGCGUUGCUGGUUAAGAAGCAGCUUAAAGUGUAAUCGUUCCACAGCCGUAACUGGAUUCCGUCCACCCACGAGACUAGCUGGCUGGCAUUAGUGUCCUGUAUUCCAAUGAAUGUGAGGACAGAACUAUUUUAUCUCAUCAUCAGAAGACUCUCAUCAAGGCAGCUCAUGUGUUCACUGAAUCAAAACUGUUUUUUUUAAUUUUAUAUCAAACAACUGACUCAUUCAAGAAAAUACCUGCUCCUGCGACAAGUAAUAGCGAUAUUCUUUCUGGGUCUGAAAUUUUUUUAUCUCACUCAGGGCAUUAGAAGUGACAAAAUUCCUUCUGGAAUGGACAGAAAUUGACAAAGAUUUUUAAUUCGUCACGUCCAUUAACCUUAUGAAAUUUAUUCUGAAUUGAUUUUAGUGUCCAACUUAUUACCCAGUGUUUUUUUAAAUGCCUACCCUCGCAGGCGAUGUUAGUCGGCACAAGGUUAACAUUACUGAAAAUUUAUUUAUGUAGAGGGUUUUGCCUCAGACUCCCUCCACACACCACAUUGCCUCUUAAAGGGACACUUCAGAAACCCACUUAUGUUGUAUUCUGAAAUACAAAUAUAAUGGCGUCAUAAAACGCAUUUGAAAUGAAGAGUUGGACGAAGCUAGUCCAUGGAACUUGCUCCAGAAAAUGAAAUAUGCAGAUAAACGUCUGAUUUUAUCUACGAGAUGUUUAUAUUGUGCUCAAAAUUCUGUGUUACUGAAAAGUAUUACGUCGAAACUGCAUUACUCUUUGGACUGCGGCUGGUAAGGUGAAUUAUGGCUACAGCCAACAUUUACCUGUUCGUUACGUACUUGCAAACGGACAAGAAUGGAAACAGCUUCGAGAUAGAACAACGAAGCGGUGGUAAUAGUACCAUAGUCAUUGCGUCAGACCAAGAGAAUAUUGCAUAUUAUUUAUAUUAUCUGGUCAUGAAGUAUCAGGAGUUCAGUUCAGUUUUUUUUUUAAGUCGGUUUCUCUGAUGUCUUCUGAAGGGAAAAACAGGUUUCGGAUUUUCUGUAGCUGAUAUUAAUGGGUAAUAUUUGAUUUGAUACUGAAAUGUCGUCUCAACGCACGUUUAAUAUUUUAUCGUGUUUUCGCCCCGCGGUUUCUGCGGUGCCCCAGAGAAUCUGGUGCUGACUGCAGCCGAUGUUACGAAAGGUUCACGCAAUAUUUGUGCAUUUAGUCGACUACUGACCAAAUGCGAUAUCUCGCUGUAGUCGGAAAAAUAUAAUUACGAUUCUACUCCAUCAGUUUUAGUGCCUUUUUGCAUAUACACUUUGUAGUUUAUGAUUUUUCUUACUGGAUAAGAAAAAUUGCAUGCACAAAUACUCUUGUAGAUAUUUUUAUAUGAAGUAUUGACGUACUUACGAUGAGUCUCUUAACCUAUUAAAUGGAUUACCUAAUAGUUUUAUAAUUAUAUCAUAAUGUUAAUUAAACUCAUAAUAUUAUUAAACACAUUAAGCAUUUGUAAAUUUUAUGAAAAAUGAAAGGUGCAGUGACGUACCGACUUCUAAAGUCGCGCUGCUCGUGCGUUUACAACGUUUUAAGAAGAGACGUCUCCUCUCGCAUUGUAGUUGUUGAGAUUUCACGUUCUCAUGGUGAUGAGUACGAAGAUGGGUGUCGUCUGGUUUGUCACACCUCACACGUUGUAGUCUGGCACUGCCUGCCGUAAGCUCCUAUAAAACGUUGGUCAAUUUCUAGGAGACUACGCGGUCCAGAAUUGCAGAAGACGUCAUCUUCACAUUACAAUUGUAACAGUUAUUAUAUUAAUAAUAAAAUUGGAUAUUAAUAUUG